AUGAACUGGGAGCUCGAAACUUCAUCUUCUUAUGGAUUAAAACAAGAGAAACAACUUUCUGCCCCUCAUAGAAGAUACUACAGCUUUUGUAGGAGGAAGUCCUUUGCUGCUUUUGUGGCCUCUAAGAGGAUCCAUCCUGAGGAAGGAGCGUCCUGGAGCUGCUGCGGCCAGACUUUUAAAGAGCACUCUGCUGUUCACAAACACGUCGCCCGGACACAUAACGCUGAAGUUCAGGAGCUCACGAGAACCACGUUCAAACAGUUCCUCACCCAGAUGGAAGAAAAAGCUGAAACACAGAGGCCGAGUGGGCCUAAAGCAGAACCGGUGGACAUUUCAGCCUGGAUACCUGAAAUAAGCCACAUCUCUGAAGAGCAGCUUAAAAGCGGUCCCGGAAAGGUUCUCCUCUACUACCGCUACUGUCAGGUGGAGGAUCCACAGGCCGUCUGCGAGUGGCAGAAAGCUCUGUGUGAGAAGCUCCACUUAACUGGGAAGGUGAGCGAACCCCAGACGGACUCCAGCUAA